AUGGCGACUGCAUCAGAGAAUGAGGUUCCCUUGCGUACCUUCAAGAUUGGCAUAGGAGGGCCAUCAUCGAGUGGGAAGUCAACCCUCUCCUGCCUACUACGUGUGGCGUUGCAUAACGCCAUAUCCGUCGCUUCCAAGGAGGUAAACAACAGCAAGUUCCUGGACAAAUCGACCACUGGCCCGAGGGUUGUAAACCAGGAUUUUCACUUCAUUAAAUCAUCUGAGCAGAAGUGGCCUUUGGUCUUGAUACCCGCUAUCCAUUACCCAACCAGAGCGACCACCGCGCAGUCCAAGGAUGGCGUCGAUAGAGACUGUAUAGAGGCAGUCGACUUCACCGGACUCCUUCACGAUGUCAACAAUCCUCGAGCUGGAGGUGGAGACGCCUCGAUCAUCAUCCGUCUCCCCAACAGCCCUGUUCAACAGGCCGUUGACGUGGCAACGACCAUGAUCAAGGCCGCCUUGGUCCGGGCAUACAACUACCGCAAGGCCCACAACACCAACGACGGGCAGUUACUCAGACUCAGUUCCGCGACCGGCCUCCCAACCCUGUGCUCCUGCCUCACCAUUGUCGAGGGCAGUGUGAUUCUGGCGCAACCGUCCCAGGAGGACCUGCUCAAGCUCCCGUCGGGCGACGAGGAGGCCAUCAUGGACUUUGUCUCCCAGCAGCGUCUGGCACAACACGCGCUCAGAGAGUCCCUGGACCUGGCAUUAUUCCUCCCUGUACCCCGAGAUACAGCGUACCAGCGUCGCUUUGCCAGGGCCGAGUACAGGGAACGCUCAGCAGCAAAUCCCCACGGACGGCUCCCCAAGCACCACUGGCGGUAUGAGUGGUACUUUGAGCACGCUUGGGACCGAUACACACGCUACCAUGCUUACCUGCUAAGUCCCCAAGAUGACUGCCAUCGCGUGGCUAAUCCAAGUCACGGCGUCCAUAUCCGUCCGGCUCGCUUGUCCUCGGUUGAAGAGAGUGUUGUGUGGGCGGCUGAAAUCAUCGCACAGGAGAUUGUGAGCAAGGAGUGUCACCUGGGCCCUUGCUUAUUCUUCUACCUCGUUGCAGCAGAUCCGCUGAUCGUGAGAAGUAGAUCAUGGGCAAGGGAGCUUGUGCUGCUGGCGUAUAAGACGGGCGGUCCACUUAUGAAGCUCAGCAACACCGCACCACAAUCCCGACCGCGCCCGAAUUCUUGCAACCCUGAUUCACUCACCGACUCUCCGACUGUGCCGUUAGAUAUUGCACAGUCGAAUCAAACUUCCCCUACGCUUCCGCCACCGUACUUUAUGCAACUAGAGUUUCCUGAGUCUUCCAAACGCGCUCAAGAAACAAGCAGCCCAGUCUCCCCGAAAACGUCCCACCAAGAUGGCUUUCACGAGCUCCAACACGAUGGCACCAACCCCGGCCAGCUGCAGCAACGCUCUCGGAGCACGUCGCCACAGCCUGCCUCGCUCCUCGCUGCUGGGUGCGACGGGGCAAGCGCGUCUGCCGACGGUGUCAACGCUGGCCAGCUCGAGAAGAGGUUGCGCAGACUGAGCCUUGAGGACACCCUUCAAGCUCCGGGCCACCGAAUAUCUGAGUACGAAAAUGCCUUAACCCCAUCGACGCCCCGACAGGCUCUAGGCUUCAAGGUCAUCAGGCGCGCCAACCCUCAGCAUGAUGGCCCGCAGCUUGCCGAUUUCCCCAAUGAGAUCUUGACGCAUAUCCUAUCUCACCUGCAUCCCGAUUCGCACUCUGCCGUCGCUCUGGUCUCGCGGAGAUUCUAUACGCUCGUGACAACUCCACAUGCGUGGCGCAUGGCGUUCCAGCGUUUCUUCCCGGGCCAAGAUGCGCUGCUGCUGGCUGGCAAGCCAAAGCCUCUCUUGGACCAGGACGAUUCUGAGUUCAUACGAUCAGAGGUGCGCCACUUUACACGUCUCACGGUUCAUGCCUCUUGGCGAAGCGAGUAUCUACUACGCACCAAGCUCUUGAGGAGUCUUGCAAGAGGCAAGCCUGGCUCAACGUCUGGCGGCAUUGGAUCUUCUGCUCGGAGCAGCCAAUCUGGCAAGAAGUUAAGUGCGGUCUUGACCUACAACUCGAAGUUGCCCUCGAUGGUCACCAAUGCCCAUGCCACCUUCGCCUCCAGUUCCAAGAAGCCACCUCGAGUAGUGCAUGGCGCAGCAGACUUGAAUGUAUGCAGCGCUAGCGAUCCCACAAGCGGGAAAGUGGAGAAAUGGGGACUCGACGAUCCGUUUGCAUUCGCUCAGCUUGAUGAGGUCGUUCCUCAGCUCUUGCCAUACGGCGUUGGAGAAGGUCCCGCUGCCGUGCCAAAUGUUAUGGAUGUUAGCCAGCCUUUCGGAGUUGUCGGCGGUGAAGGUUUCCCGGGAGGCAGGGUGUUCUUCCGUCCGACUGGUGUCUUCCGAGGCAAGUAUCUGGGCCAAGAGCCGAGCAUUGUAGACGCUCAUCCAGAUAUCCCCAAGAUCCCAGAGCUUUCUGAAGCCAUCUCUUCUGUCUGGAUUGCCAAGUCAAAUGCUGUCCCGUCAGUCACGCAAUCGAUGGUAGGCAUCUUGACUGGUUCUACGCUUGGCAUUGUCACUGCCUUUUCACUCGGGACCGAAUCCUCUGCAUCACAUUACGCCAACGGGGCAAUCACGGCACGUUGGGUGCUGAGUCCCGGCGUGCCCAUCAUCUCAAUUGUGGUUGAUGAUGGCUAUAGCCAGAAGCGAAAAGUAGCUGGCCGUGUGUGGGCAGUUGCUCUGAACGCAUUGGGUGAAGUGUACUACUUGACACAACCGCCAACACCGCUCGCGUCCAAGUCCAAAGCCGAAGACGCCACCAAGUGUGCCUGGCACGCCGGACGCUCUACUUAUUGGCAGUUGGUCGAUGCCACUCGCCGCCAAGCGCGUCCCGACGAAUCUGGGCGGAAUGCUCUUCGGGGUGCUUACUCCCCACGGUCUCCUUCUAAUGGAAUGAACUUGAAGAAGGACCAGAUGGUCGCCGAAGCUCGGGAAAUCGAGAAGUUCCUGCGUUAUAAGCCUAAUCACUUCCGCAAAGUGUGUAAUGGUUGGGAUAUGCGCCGGAGACUUGAGGUGGACUUCGCCGCUGACGACGGUCACGGCUUCGGGGAAGGCAUCUUCGUUAUUGAAUGCGGACUUGAGGAGGACCACAGAUCGGCUGUUACCCGCUUUACUCGAGUUGUUCCCGAUCGUGCCGACCAGGAGGGCUGUCCCACAGAAGGCGCUGAGACCCCUGUCGAACCUCACCCUACACCAUCCUUGUUUGGUGGUGGCCCAGUCAGAACGGCAUCCCCAACUACAUCUGGAUCGCCACUUCUGAAGCAAGUGUUGACAUCUUCUGGUACUCAAUCUCCUGUGCUACCCGUUACACAUGGCCUUGAUGAUUGGCGUGAAACCAAGCUCUUGUUGCCAAACAAGAAUGCCAAGAUUACCGCCACGAGCAUCGACAUGUCCCUGUACGGCCUAAUGAUCACUUCUGAAGACCCCUUGGCAUCUGCUGCUAGCAUAUCGGAUAUACCAGCGACGCCGACUGCACAGGCUCCUUCGGAUAUCCCUGGCCGUCGUGCGAGGUUCUUUGGUGUUGGGACUAGCCUUGGGUCUGUGCUUCUGUGGAAUAUGAGGGAAGGACAUCUGACCGAUGGCCUACAACCUGUCCGUAUCAUCCAGACAGAAUCGCCUGAGAUAUCCUCCUUGGCUAUCUCUGCCCUGUAUCUGGUGCACGGUGGGAGCGACGGACUUGUGCAAGCCUGGGAUCCUUUGGCAUCUGUCUCCGACCCGAUCCGCACCCUCAACGCACGUUCUACUGGGCGUGUUCCUCGGCAUAUGCUCAAUGUAAAUCCCGCCUUGCAAAGCAGCAAUUUUGCUGCCGCCGGAGCCCUAUACUUGGACCCUGAUCCCACCGUCCUGAGAGGGAUAGUGUGCUUUGGCGCUUUUGUGCGGUACUGGGCCUAUAGUUCUACAGGGCAACCGGCAGGCAGGAAGCGCCGUCUUAGACACUCUGAUGUACACAACCGCUCUGAGGGACGGCGGUUUGGGGGCGGUGUCAAAGGAUACAUUGCCGCAGAAACGGAGGAGCUGCGCUUAGAGCAGGAACAUAAAGCACGAGAGCAGACACGGCUUCGUGCCCGCUUCGGUGUUGGUCUCGCUGACCUCACCGAAGAGGAGGCUCUCCGUUACGCAGAGAUGGUCUCUCAAGAGUCCUUCUUGCUGGAUGAGCAGCGCCGGACUAGCGCGAGCGAUACAGGCUCGGCCUUCGACACCACAUCGACAAGUGGCAGGAGCUUAGAUACUGUCACUCCUGACCCCAGCGUAAGUGGCGUAACUCCGCCCGCGGCAAGUACUAGUGCCGCUGCCCACGCACCGGACGAUGAGAUCGACUACGAACUCCAAAUCCAACAAGCUCUGCGGCUUUCUCUACUUGAAGGCGUCAACGAUGCCGGCCAAUCUCCCCGCGAACAUAGCUCAGAGAGCUAUGAGUUCCCAGUUAUGUAUAAGGAGAAGCGAGGGAAACGAUCACCAUCAACCCCGUCUUCAAGUCAAACGCCUGUAGUUCAGCGUGCUGGCUCGUCUGGCGCAGCUGCAGAGGGUCACGACAUGGACGAUGAUCUACGGCUAGCACUGGAACUGAGUCUUGCUGAGGAAGAGAGUCGCAAACUGAGCCAGGCCAGCGCCAGUGUCGGUGGUAACGACUUCCCGGCACUGGCUCCGGUCGGAAAGGGGAAGGGCAAAGAGAGAGCGUUCUGA